AUGGAAACAAGCAAUGGAAGUUCUGGAACAGAUUUCAUCCUUCUGGGGUUUUCUGAUCGACCCCAAUUAGAGCACAUCAUCUCAGUGGUUGUCUUCAUCGUCUAUAUUGUGACUCUGGUAGGAAAUACAACCAUCAUUCUUGUAUCUUAUCUAGACGCCCAGCUCCAUACCCCCAUGUAUUUUUUCUUAUCCAAUUUGUCUUUCUUGGACCUUUGUUAUACAACUAGCAUUAUCCCCCAGAUGCUGGCAAAUCAAUGUGGUCCAAAAAAAUCUAUUACUUAUGGAGGGUGUGUGCUCCAAUUUUUCUUUGUCCUUGUGGGAGCCACAGAAUAUCUUCUAUUGGCUAUGAUGGCCUAUGAUCGUUAUGCUGCUGUCUGUCAACCUCUUCACUACACCUUAAUAACGCACCCUCAGCUUUGCCAGAAAAUGGUGCUCACUGCCUGGUUGAGUGGUCUUGCCAGUGCCUUAAUUGUUUGCUCCUUGACUUUGAAGUUGCCAAGAUGUGGGCACCGGGAAGUGGAUAAUUUUUUCUGUGAGAUGCCAGCAUUGAUCAAGAUGGCUUGUGUCUAUUCAAAAGUAGUUGAGAUUGUUGUCUUUGCUCUUGGAGUAGUAUUUCUUUUCGUACCUCUAACACUAAUUCUUAUCUCAUAUGGAGUUAUCACUCAAGCUGUAAUGAGGAUCAGGUCAGCAACAAGGUGGCAAAAGGUCCUUAAUACAUGUGGCUCCCACCUCACAGUAGUAAUUCUGUUUUAUGGAACAAUCAUUUAUAUAUACAUGAAGCCCCAGAAUACCAUAUCCCAAGAUGAAGGGAAGUUCUUCACUCUCUUUUACACAAUCAUCACACCCAGCCUUAAACCUCCGAUCUAUACUUUACGAAACAAAGAUGUAAAGAGUGCACUGAGGAGAAUACUGUGGAUGAAAAAAUGUUCAGCAAAAUCAUGA